UCAUAUGUCGACCAUUUAAUUCUGAUUCAGGAUACUCAUGUUUUUGGCUUUUAUGGGCAAUGGAUCAAAGAAGAAGUUAUAUAGUGUUAUCCAGCGCUGAUAUCAAUGCGAAGAAAAAAUUGGUAGUUCACCCAACAGUUCGACCUCCGAUUGUACCUCUUCAAGUGAAAGACGAGCCAAUUCAGAGGAAUGAUGUUUUUCUGACUGCUUUUCAUGAUUACGCAUCCAGUGAUCAUGAUAAUCAAAGUGAAGAUGACAACAAACCACCACGAAAAAAAGCAUGCCUGGCUCAGCUGAGCGAAGAUGAGAAGAACCUUCGUCGGAAAAUGAAGAAUCGCGAGUCUGCGCAAACUGCGCGAGACAGAAAGAAAUGUUAUCUGGAAUCCCUAGAGAAGCGUGUAAAUGAGCUUGAACAGGAAAAGUUAACCCUUCAUCAAGCAAAACAGUUUGUCGAUGAAAAAUGCUCGAACCUUGAAGAUGAGAACAGAAAACUCAGACAACAAUUAUUACAGGGUGAUGUAGGAAACAGCGGCUUUGUGAAGAAGGACCCCAAAGCAGACGUUAGCCACUGGGAAAGUGUGUGUCGACAAUUGAUGGCCGAAAAGGAAGAAUUGAAAAUAAAGGUCCAAGAGUUGGAGGAAAAGCUAAAUGGCAGCGCAGUUGCUGAGUUGGCAAGUUGCAGCAACGAUCAGUUGGAGCACUUCUAUCCAAUUGAGAGUGAGGUCGAAGUCAAAACGUGUGAAGAAAGUUCUGAGUCCGCAGCACUCGAGGUAUCUCCGCAGCAGAGCCACUUUCUUCGCGCGUUAACGAUGAUGGUCUCAUUGUUGCUUCUGUCGACGAAGUUUCACGUUGCCUCGAGAGGAUCUAUGACAUUGCUGGAGCAUGUUCUGAGACAGACGUACGAGGAACAACUGGCUUUCAAAGAAAUAUGUCCCAAGGAUCCACUGGAGAGCACUAUGUCCGAGGAAGACCAGAUUCUGGAAAUGGAGGCGAAAGAGCCACCCUAGAAAUACCACAUUCCAUAUCAACAAAUGUUUCACAUAAUUACAGCACCACAAAAUGUGGAACUCAUCCCCCCUUUAAUGAUUCGUUUUCCCAAAAUGAUAUAAUAAAUACAAGUAAUGGCUUUGACGAAAAUAUACCGAUUUCAUUUGACUGUUCAGAUAACUUAUUUGAUGGAUUUGAAGUUCCAGAAGAUUUGGAUUUGCAAAAUCCGGAUUUGUCACUUUUCGACGACUUUCUGUAAAUUAUUGGUGUCCUAAAUUGUGUCAAAUUUAUCUUUAUUUUGUGAAAAUGCUUACUGGCGUGGUUUGUGUCAUCUUAAAAUGUACUAUAACUGUGCAAUUAAAUAAACUAUGAAUAUUGUGAAGCCAUAUUAUACAAAAUUUAUUUAUAUCAUUGGAAA